AUGACCCCGUCCACGCCGACGACUUCAACGCCGAUGGCAGUGACCCAUACGGCCCUCGACCCCUCGACCGACCACCCAGUCACCGAGUUCGCGCCGUCGACGACGGCCUCUUCACCCACCUCUCCUUCGCCGCCCACUGAAAAACGCCCGGUGUCCCGCAAUGGGGUUAUCAACGAGUUCCCGCCGGCCAACGAUGGGUGCUUGCUUUGCGGUCGAAAGGAAGUAGAUGAACCCGUUCACGGACAGCUGCUAUGCGGGAAGCAUCGGAGGAUCUACUAUGCCGACAAAAAAGAGCGCCACGAGGAGAAAACUUGCACCCAGGCCUGCCGCGAGCUGAUGCACUACUUGAAACUUCCCCCGUCGAGUCAGCGCACCUACACAGCCGGAUUGCUGCGCGACCAUUGUUGCGGACUCUGUCGCUGGAGCGGCACUCCUCUUGAAACCGCCGUCCAGAAG